CGACGGCCUAGACAGCCCAGGCUUAGGCCAGGGGCCAGCGACGGCCUAGACUGGCUCAGGCCAGGGGCCAGCGACGGCCUAGACAGCCCCAGGCUUAGGCCAGGGGCCAGCGACGGCCUAGACAGCCCCAGGCUUAGGCCAGGGGCCAGCGACGGCCUAGACAGCCCCAGGAUUAGGCCAGGGGCCAGCGACGGCCUAGACUGGCUCAGGCCAGGGGCCAGCGACGGCCUAGACAGGCCAAGGCUUAGGCCAGGGGCCAGCGACGGCCUAGACAGGCCCAGGCUUAGGCCAGGGGCCAGCGACGGCAUAGACAGCCCCAGGCUUAGGCCAGGCGCCAGCGACGGCCUAGACAGCCCCAGGCUUAGGCCAGGGCCCAGCGACGGCCUAGACAGCCCCAGGCUCAGGCCAUUGGCCAGCGACGGCCUAGACAGCCCCAGGCUUAGGCCAGGGGCCAGCGACGGCCUAGACUGGCUCAGGCCAGGGGCCAGCGACGGCCUAGACAGCCCCAGGCUUAGGCCAGGGGCCAGCGACGGCCUAGACAGCCCCAGGCUUAGGCCAGGGGCCAGCGACGGCCUAGACAGCCCCAGGCUUAGGCCAGGCGCCAGCGACGGCCUAGACAGCCCCAGGCUUAGGCCAGGUGCCAGCGACGGCCUAGACAGCCCCAAGCUCAGGCCAGGGGCCAGCGACGGCCUAGCCAACCCCAAGCCAGGGGCCAGCGACGGCCUAGCCAACCCCAAACCAGGGGCCAGGAAUGUGGAUAAUGGCGACUUUCCAGGAAAAAGUUUUAAAGUCAAAGGUAAAGAGAGAUUUUAA